AUGCCUCUGGGAAAAGGUUUUCGAGUGCUCCAUAAGCACAACGAGAACAACUCCUACUCUGUCCUCAUAGAACAGAGGGGAGUGAAGAGCACUGUGCUCCUCGAGAGUGGAGCUAUCGUGGAACUCGGUCCCGAAGAGACGUCAUGUCUAAAGAAAGAUUAUACAGCUCUUCUCGACGCGCAUGGUUGUCUCGGCGUCCUCGACACAAAUCAAGGCGACAUCGAAGUCAAGUACCUGGUCAUGGUCACAGGAUGCCACUCGGUCGGGAAAAUCAACCAGUGCGAGAUUUUCCGACUCACAGACGUGACUUUCGUCUCGCUGAGAGACUUCCGCGAUGACGUAGAACGCAUGAUGGACGUGCGAAAAGUUCUGACGUCGGGAACUUUCUUCUUCUCGUGGAGUUCGCAGAGCGCUCCUCUCGAUCUCACUCUAUGCGCCCAAAGAAACACUAGAACCAACGAAACAGAUAAUAGGUUCUUCUGGAAUCGCAUGCUACACAUUCCCUUCAUAAACUUCGGCGUGGACACCUCGCAAUGGCUGCUGAAAAUCAUGAAUGGCGGCAUAGAAAUCCGAACUGUUUACGUUGGCCACCUGCAGGCACGAGCGUGCAUCCUUUCGCGCUUAUCCUGUGAAAGAGCCGGGACCCGGUUCAACGUGCGCGGCGUGAACGACGACGGGCACGUCGCCAAUUUCGUUGAAACGGAGCAAAUAAUCUUCCUCGACAAUAAAGUCUCGUCGUACGUUCAAAUCCGCGGCAGCGUCCCUCUGUUCUGGGAACAGCCGGGAGUCCAGGUCGGCUCCCACAAAGUGAAACUGUCGCGCGGCUCCGAAAUGUCAGCGCCCGCUUACAAGAAACAUUUGGAGACGAUCGUCCAACGCUACGGUCAUCAGACGUUCCUGAAUCUGUUGGGCUCUAAAGAGGGCGAGACGAUGCUCUCGCACGAGUUCAACAAGCACCAUCGAGCAAUCGCCAAAAAAGACAUUCCCCUGAUCAAUUUCGAUUAUCACGCGCAGUGCCGAGGUGGAAAACAGGAAAACCUCAUCCAUUUGAAGUACAACAUCGAGAAGCAACUCAUGGACUACGGGUUCUUCUAUAGAGACGGCGAUAACACGUCCAAGGAACAGACCGGGUGUUUCCGGACGAACUGUCUCGACUGCCUGGACCGGACAAACUGCGUUCAGACAUUCAUUGGUCUCACGGUUCUUAAACAGCAACUGGCCGAAAUGGGAUUCGAUGAGAAAAUGGCAUCGAGGUUUUACGAAGCGUUCAAAACGAUGUGGACCCUGAACGGCGAUAUGGUUAGCCGUAUCUAUGCUGGAACUGGGGCUCUCCAAGGAACGAAUAAACUCAAAGAUGGAACUCGUUCGGUGGUUCGUACUGUGCAGAACAACCUUCUGGACUCUAGCAAACAAGAAGCAAUCGAUAUCCUACUGGUUGGGAGCUCAUUAAGCUGCGAGCUCGGCGAUCGAGCGAGGUCUCUCCUACCCCAAGAGCUCUUGCAUACGCCGGCGUCCAUGCUGAAGACAAUCUGUUUCGGACGCUACCUAGACUUCACGAUCCCACACAAAAUCACGGUUUCCGUCGCUACCUGGAACGUGAACGGCGGCAAGCAUUUCAACUCGAUCGUCUUCCGAGAUCAGCCUAUGAGCGAUUGGCUUCUCGAUAAUAACCCAAAAGAAGAUGGCGGCAAGACUCCUCCGGACAUAUUUGCCAUCGGCUUCGAAGAGAUCGUCGAUCUGAACGCGUCCAAUAUCGUCAAUGCAUCGACAAGCAACCAGAUGGAAUGGAUGCAUGAGUUGCAGAAGACGGUGAGCCGAGACACGAAAUACGUGUGCCUGAGCUCGGCACAGCUCGUCGGCGUCUGUUUGUUCGUGUUCGUAAAACCGGAGCAUGCGGCCUUCAUCCGGGAUGUCGCCAUCGAUUCCGUGAAAACCGGCCUCGGAGGCGCCACGGGAAAUAAGGGAGCCGUAGGAAUACGUUUGCUAUUCCACUCGACGUCAAUGUGCUUCGUAUGCGCACAUUUCGCUGCAGGUCAAUCCAAAACUCUCGACCGCAACGCCGACUACACCGAAAUUACUCGGAAGCUCCUUUUCCCUAUGGGAAGGACCGUCGCAUCGCACGACUACGUAUUUUGGUGCGGCGACUUCAACUACCGCAUCGACUUGGACAUCGAUCGAGUCAAAGAGCUCGUCGCUCAGAAAAACUACGAGGAGCUCAUGCAGAACGAUCAGCUGCUGAAAGCUCGAGAUCAAGGUCAAGCCUUCGUUGACUUCAUCGAAGCCGACGUAACUUUUGCCCCGACGUACAAAUACGACCUGUUCUCGAACGAUUACGACACGAGCGAGAAGAGCCGCAUUCCGGCGUACACUGAUAGAGUGCUUUUCCGCCGGAAGAAAUAUCCAAAUGAUUCCGAGUAUCCCUUCUGGAGUCCCGGCCACAUCCGUCACUAUGGCCGCGCGGAAUUGAGGACUUCCGAUCAUCGGCCCGUGGUGGCCGAGAUCGAUGUCGAGGUGCUACGCGUAGAUCCCACGCUCCGGGAUAAAACUGUUGAAGAAGUAUCGAAGCUCGCUGGCCCACCAGAUGCAACCGUUCUGGUGAAGAAGAGCGCAUCUAGUCAAGACAAGGAGACUUUCAGCGAAAUCUUCAUCGAAAAAAUGUGUGAUCUCUUCUCAGAACUGGGCGAGGUUGUCCUCAUAAGGUUUGUUGGUGAAACCCUUCGGAUAACUUUUGCUGAUGGGCAGAGCGCCCUCGACGCCUUACAAUUCAAUAACCGAGAGAUCGACGGCGAAACGGUGGAGAUCUGCCUCAAGACUCUUGACUGGCAUUCAACCAUUGAAGAUGCCUUGAAUCUAUGUAAAAACAACACCAUUCCUCUCAACAAAGAACCGGUCGUUAUGAAAUUCGAGGAAGUCGUCGAAGAGGCGAAGUCUGCUCAUGCCAGCAGAGCCACUCGCCCCCUGUCUGGUGCGGCUCCUCCAGCCGCGAAAGACAAACCCAGAGGAACUCCCCCUCCCGCACGACCUCCACGUCCGAACAGACCAGCUGCGGCGGCCGAAGCGCCGCCGGCGGCCGCGGAGAUAACAGGCCCGCCAGAACGCCCCGAGAGGCCUUCGGGCCCUCCCGAAAGACCGGCGGCCCCACCCGAAAGACCUGAGAGACCUGCAGCCCCACCGAGUCGUCCUGCUCCCCCAGGGAGACCUGAGCGGCCGGAGAGACCAGCAGCCCCGAAAAUACCCGAAAGACCCCCGAGGGAUUUGCCUCCUGCACCGAAAACUAAUAUGACACCAACCCCGCCGACACCAUGCGCGCCUGAAAUCGAUCGCGAGCAGAUUAGGGCUGUCACGGGGAGUUUCCAACCAAAUGUAGGAGCCACCUUCGGUUCGAUCUUCUCGGGCAUUUCCUCUGGGGAAGCAUCUCCCGCCACUCCAAUCGACGACAGAAAACCCGCGAUCCCGGCAUCGAACCCACCCGAGGCCCCUCCGCCGGGUCCACCGCCGUCAAAUCCGCCGCCUGGCCCACCACCGGGUCCUCCACCCAUCCCACCUCCGACGGGUGACGGGGCUCCCGCGAUUCCGAACAGAACUAAGAAUUCGCCACCGUCGGGCGGAGCUCCCGCAGCUGCUCCACCGCCGAUCCCGGCGAGGCCGCGACCUUGA